AUGGGCAUCCUCUCAAAUCUUCUCACUCAGAACUCAGGUGGAGACGACAAGGCUAAGGCAGACCAGACCGUCUCGCCGGCGCCGCAAGCACAACAAGCUCUUUCACAAGCCAUCGGCCAAAGUCCGAGCCAAAGUCCGAAACAGAACAGCCUCCUAUCCGUCGACGAUGAACUCCGAGAAAAGAUGCGCACCAACCCGCGAGCGCGCGCCGUCAGACAGUUAUCGCUGUUCUUCGCUGGUGCCACAUUCUUCGGGCUGAGUCUUGUCGUGACGCGUAGAGCCGUGGCCCGGAAACUGCUUGCCUCCGCACCGAAGCAGUUCACGCCUUCCAACUUUCAGCCCAAGGAUGUCAAUGGUGGCGUCGAAGCUGCCCAAGCUUUCGCCCUUGCUACUCUCAAUGUCACCAGUGCAGCCAUGAUGGCCACUGGUGGUAUGAUGUACGCCUUGGACGUGACCGACACUGAGGACAUGCGCUCCAAAUUCAGAAAGGCCUGGGGCUUUGAGCGCACUCCCGAAGAAGAAGCCGAACAAGAUGAGGAGAUGGAAGCCAUGGUCAGAGAGUUCAUGGAUAAGAAGGAGGGUGGUGACAACAAGGGCAUGGCUGAAGGUCUUGCUGGUCUCGUUGCCGCAAUGGCCGCCAGGGAGGAAGAGAGGCUUGCCAAACUUGAACAAGCAAAAUCUGGUCUGGAGCCUGCUACCAAGGACAACUGA